AUGUCUGCAUUUGAGGCCCAGGAACAGUCUCCGCCACGUUGUGGGCCUCAAUUCCCGAGCCUUGGCCAGGAGCCCCCUGAACUCAGUCUCUACAGUGAUUGUUACUACCCUCCGCCAUCCUUGCCAAGUCCUCAACGCACCACACCUACCUCUUAUGAGCUAGGUGACUACAGCACCACAUCUCCAAACCCUUACCUUUGGUUCAACGGCUCUGGGCUCAACACACCCUCAUACUUGACUACCAACGGUCCGCCUGGGAACCCAGGCCCUCCCUUCGUCCCACAGCACUAUGGCAUGCAACGGCCUUACCUGGGUCCAACUGGAGCAGGAGGCCCAGGGGGUGAAUUGAGCUGGUUCUCGCUCCCAUCACAGGAGGACCUGAUGAAGUUGGUCAGGCCGCCUUAUUCUUACUCGGCUCUCAUCGCCAUGGCUAUUCACGGGGCACCUGACAGGCGGUUGACCUUGAGUCAGAUAUAUCAGUACGUUGCAGACAACUUCCCUUUCUACAACAAGAGUAAAGCAGGAUGGCAGAAUUCCAUCAGACACAACCUGUCGCUAAAUGACUGCUUCAAAAAAGUACCAAGGGAUGAAGAUGACCCAGGCAAGGGAAACUACUGGACGCUUGACCCAAACUGUGAAAAGAUGUUUGACAAUGGGAACUUCCGCCGCAAAAGGAAGAGAAAGUCCGAUUCCCUCUCUGGUGUUGAUGGUAGUUCAGGGGGCCCUGAGUCAGGUGAGAGUGAGAGGGACAGCCCCAAACACUCUGCCAACUCUUCCCUAAACAUCUCCCAGACCCCGGACAGAAUCCCUUCACCGUCGUCAUCUGGCGCUACACCUUGUCUGAGCAGCUUCCUGUCUGAAAUGUCGGGAGUGUCAGCUGGCUCAACUACUGAUGUGGGAGGCGAUGGAUUGGGGAGAGCCCUGCAGGUCAACCUUCCCAUGGAUGGGCCACACAGGCUUCCGCAACCUACAAGUUUUAGCAGCUACUCCCCAAACUCUGCUGGCCGAGAGUGGCUUCCACAGGUGCAAGCUCCCCCUGUGCUUUCUUCUUCACCCACCCACUCUUCGCUCGGGUACCCCAGCCCCAUCCUCAGCCAGUACAAUGCAUCCAGUGGACACUUCUACCCCACCCUGAGCUCGUCAGGAAUCGUCUAUCACCGCGAGGGCACUGAAGUUUAA